AUGCUAAUCAUCGUUAGUUCUUGAGUAUUCUAUAUAGAUAGCUAAUAGAGUUUAGUUUAGUUAAUAGGGUUGAGAAACUAGUUUAGUUCAUAUGGAUGAAAAAAAACCAACUAUUUUUCAGUUACCUGUCGUUACUAAUCAGCAAAUGACAUUGAGCUUGAAGCAGCUCACAACCCUGUUAAUUUCUCUGGAGUCUGUGAAGAUGUGUAAUGUGUAAUUUGCCAGGAAAGUAACUUCUUCAAUAUCAGAGUUUCACUGUUAAAAGGUAUUUGUACUGGGGUACUGAUCUCUCCUGGCUCCUAUUUGUCUUUGUUUCACCAUUGUUGACCCUGUAAUUAUGUAAGUGUGAGGAAUCAGUUGUGCAACUGCUAGCUCUUUUUGUCUGAAAGGUUGCAGGCCAUUUAACUUCUUCACGGGGUUUAAGCAUGGAUGCUUUCUAUGAUUGAACCACUGACCCUAUUAAGAGCUGGGCAUGGAAUUGAACUGGUUCUGUUUAUCCAUCUCUAUGGGAAAGUGUCCAUUUACCAAAAGCAGGGAUUUUAGAGACCAGUAGACUGGUGGAUACCUGUGAUGUGUUUUUCUUUAGCAUGUAUGUGAACAUUACAUGAUGAAAAUAGAGAGGUUUGAGGACUGUCAAAAAGGCAUAUUGACCUGUGCUCCGUGUAGUCUUUCUGUGGGGUCAGUGUCUGUGGGAAGGUCAAAAGCAAGUUGUGGGGAACAGGACAGCAAUACAAGAGCUAACCUUUGCUGUAUGUGGGCUGGGCUACAUUUUCUUCUUGGUCACGCACGACGUCUGCACUGCAAGAGAGCCCUGAGCAAGUGGGACCGGUGUCUCUGCUGCAUGGUUACUGGUGUAUCCAACUGCGGAGCCUCUCCAUCUGGCUGGGAGCACUGCUCAGGACAGUAAAAUACUGGAAUACUCCCACCUGCAUCUUGCCACCUGCGUUGGUGUAGACAUGGACAGACUGCUGGAGAGUUGCUGCUGCUGGAGGGGGUGUUCUGCACAAACUCAGCUGGGCUCCUCUCCAAGAAGUCCAAGACCCACAAAGUAAGGAGCAAGUAAAACUGAUCAAGGAGAGAAACAGUGUGGCUUCAGCAGUGGACACCUAGGGGAGAUCCACUCAAGAGUCUUUUAGGAUAGAAUAUGAUACCUUUGGUGAACUGAAGGUCCCAAGUGACAAAUACUAUGGUGCUCAGACUGUAAGAUCUACGAUGAACUUCAAGAUUGGAGGUGUUUCGGAAAGGAUGCCAGUUCAAGUUAUAAGGGCCUUUGGCAUCUUGAAGAGAGCAGCAGCUGAAGUAAAUCAAGAUUAUGGUCUCGACCCAAAGAUUGCUAAUGCUAUCGUAAAGGCAGCAGAUGAGGUAGCUGCAGGGAAAUUAAAUGAUCACUUUCCACUGGUGGUGUGGCAGACUGGGUCUGGAACUCAAACCAAUAUGAAUGUUAACGAAGUCAUCAGCAAUAGAGCCAUUGAGAUAUUGGGAGGCAAACUGGGGAGCAAAAUCCCAGUACAUCCAAAUGAUCAUGUUAAUAAAAGUCAGAGUUCAAAUGACACUUUCCCAACAGCAAUGCAUAUCGCAGCUGCCCAGGAAGUCAAUGAGGUGUUGUUACCUGGACUGAGGAAGCUACAGAACGCACUAGAAGCAAAAUCCAAAGAGUUUUCCCAAAUCAUAAAAAUAGGACGCACUCAUACACAAGAUGCUGUUCCACUUACGCUUGGACAGGAAUUUAGUGGAUAUGUGCAACAAAUUAAAUACGGCGUGGCUAGGAUUGAGUCAACCAUGCCAAGAGUAUAUCAGCUGGCGGCUGGUGGGACUGCAGUUGGCACAGGAUUAAACACAAGAAUCGGCUUUGCUGAGAAAGUUGCUGCUAAAGUGGCUGAACUGACAGGCUUGCCCUUUGUCACUGCUCCCAAUAAAUUUGAAGCCCUUGCAGCUCAUGAUGCUCUAGUCGAACUCAGCGGAGCUAUGAACACAGUGGCAUGUAGCCUGAUGAAAAUAGCUAAUGAUAUUCGUUUCCUGGGAUCUGGACCUCGCUCUGGACUGGGAGAACUCAUCCUGCCUGAAAAUGAACCAGGAAGCAGUAUCAUGCCAGGAAAAGUGAAUCCUACCCAGUGUGAAGCGGUUACCAUGGUGGCAGCCCAGGUUAUGGGAAACCACGUUGCUGUUACUGUAGGAGGUAGCAAUGGGCACUUUGAGCUUAAUGUUUUUAAGCCCAUGAUGAUUAAGAAUGUUUUGAACUCUGCAAGACUUCUUGGAGAUGUUUGUGUUUCUUUCACUGACAACUGUGUUGUUGGAAUCCAAGCCAAUACAGAUAGGAUCAACAAACUAAUGAGUGAAUCUCUGAUGUUGGUAACAGCACUUAAUCCACAUAUAGGGUAUGAUAAAGCAGCUAAGAUCGCCAAAACUGCACACAAAGAAGGGACAACGUUAAAAGAAGCUGCUAUAAAGUUGGGAUUCCUCACAUCAGAGCAGUUUGACCAGUGGGUGAAGCCUAAGGAUAUGUUAGGUCCUCAGUAAUGUCUUAAAAUGAAACACCUGCAAAAAACCAACCAACCAAACAGACAAAAAAAAAAAAAACAACACAAAAAAGUGUUCUUAACUUAAAAAUAAAAUAAAACAGCUAUGAUACGC